AUGGCGAACAAGUUGACUGACCUGCAGACAGUGGUCAACUCCAUGAUGCAAAACAACGUUAUGCAACCAUCGUUCUCAUUACAGGACACAUCGAUUAGAGAUUGCCAGGUGAGGCGCAUAUUGAUUGACCGUGGUAGCUUUGGUGACAUCAUGUAUGUCAGAUGGUACAAGGAGUUUGGCCUCCACAAGGAUGAUUUAGAGCAAUCUGACAACCUUAUGGUCGGAUUCAAUGGGACGCCAACAUGGCCUCUAGGAACUAUGAGUCUAGAGAUGCAGGUAGGGAGCAAGAAGGUAAUAAUAGAAUUUAACGUGAUAGACACUCCUUCCACAUACAAUAUCAUUUUGGAAAGACCUUGGUUGCAUGUAAUGAGGGUUGUGCCCUCAACGCUACACCAACUGUUGCAAUUCCAAACUGAACAAGGGAUUAAAGAAGUAAGGGGAGACCAAGUCCAGGUGAAAAAUUGCUUCAUGGUAGCAAUGAAAUAUACUUCCAAUGUAAGGGAAUCAGAGAGUGCAGAGAAUGAAAGCGAAGACCAUGAGGUCUUGGAUGAUGUCGGCAAAGAGCUCGCUGACUAG